AUGUCGGCACACACUUUUUUUCUCUCCUUAAUUUGGGCACAGAUUUGUGCAAUGGCCUGGUCCCAGUUGUGUCCACGCACAUGCCAGUGCCCGAAGGAACCACCCAUGUGUGCUCCCGGAGUGCAGCUGCUUUUGGACGACUGCGCUUGUUGUCUGGUUUGUGCGAGGCAAAAAGGACAGCUGUGUUCUGACCUGCACCCGUGUGACACCCACAGAGGCCUGCACUGCGACUACACCGCAGACAAGAAGACUGGGAUAUGCACUUCUCACAGUGGGAAGGUGUGCGUCCUGGAUGGUGUGGUGUAUCAGAAUGCUCAGAUUUUCUUUCCCAGUUGUAAGUACCAGUGCAUUUGUCGGGACGGUCAGAUCGGCUGCGUGCCCCAGUGUAAUGUGGAUGUGAUGCUGCCUGGACCAGACUGCCCCAUGCCCAGGCGGGUGCACGUCCCAGGGGAGUGCUGCGAGAAGUGGGUGUGUGAGCCCCCAUCUGAGGCCAGUGCGCUGGGAGGCUUCGCCAUGGCUGCUUAUCGUCAGGAGGAAACAGUGAGAUUUGACGGCUGGGACCCAAGCUUAAACUGCAUAGAGCAGACCACUGAGUGGGGGGCCUGCUCUCGGACCUGUGGGAUGGGGCUGUCCACCCGAGUGACCAACAAGAACAGCAGGUGUGAGAUGGUGAGGCAGAGCCGCAUGUGCAUGGUGCGACCCUGUGAGAACGAACAGAGCCAGACUCAAGUGGUUCCACUCAUGCCAAAGAGAGGCAGUAAGUGCCAGAGGAUGGUGCGCACGGAGUCCUCCACACACCUCUCUUAUAAGAGCUGCACCAGUAUCCAGGCCUACAAGCCGCGAUACUGUGGCACCUGCACUGACGGCCGCUGCUGCACCCCUCAUCGGACCAAGACCGCCCUGCUGGACUUCCAGUGCGCCAGUGGAAAAAACAGCCGGAGGCCCGUCAUGGUCAUCCUCAGCUGCGUCUGUCACAGUCACUGCCCCAGAGACAAUGCAGAGUGGAAUACACUUGUCUUAUAG